AUGAAGCAUCAGCCUAACAAAUAUUAUCUUGGUGGGCGUGUAGAUUUUAUUGACUAUGUUAAUGACACAGAGUUGAAUUUGUCACAAUUCAAAUACAUGGCAGAACUAUGUGGCUAUGAGGGAGAUUCAGUUACUUUCUGGCAUUUGUGCGGGAGGUAUGGUAACCGAAUGCGACUUAUUUCUACUGAUGUGGAAGCAACUAUUGUAGCCAAAAGUAUUCCAGAUAACAAAGUGGUCGAAGUAUACUUUGAACAUCUUGAUUCAUAUAUUGGAAGGACUAUACAUACUAAUGAAGUUGGUACAGCAGAACAAGAAAAAGAAGUACACAGUGAGCAUUCUUCGGGUGAUGAUGAAUUUGAAGACUCAGAAAAUGAUUUUCUAGAUGAUGAUGAUCUCUUGGGAAGCAAUACCAAUGUGAAUCAUAGAUACGAAGUUAGUGAAGAAGUUAAAAAAAAGAUGGCAGCUGAAGAAGACGGGGAUAAACCAGUGUUGGCAUUAGAACUAACAUUUGAAAACAAGAAUGAGUUCAAAUAUGCUGUAAUAACUCAUGAAGUUAACCAAGGGAAAUACAUAAAGUGGUGCAAAAAUGAUAGGGAAAGAGUGAGAGCAACUUGUGGUCAUCCAGAUUGCAACUGGGAGAUUUUAGCUUCAAGAAUGCAUCGAGAUAGCGCAUUCCAGAUCAGAACAUACAAUCACACUCAUCGUUGUAAGAAUUGGAACCAUCGUAACAAAUCAAUUAAUUCAUCUUAUAUUGCACGAAGAUACCUUAAGGCCAUAGGCUCAAAUAGGUCUUGGGCAAUCUCCGAAUUCAGAGAUCACGUUAGUAUGGAGCUAAGAGUCCAGGUGACAUUAUCACAAUGUAGAAGGGCUAAGAGAAAAGCACUUGCAUUGAUUGAUGGAGAUCUUAAUGCUCAAUACAAGGUAUUGUGGAACUAUUGCAAUGAGAUUGGUAGGACAAAUCCAAAUACCUCUGUCUAUAUGGAAUUGGUUGGAAAUGAGGUGCCCGACAAGCCUAAGAGAUUCCAGCGAAUUUACAUUUGUUUUGGUGGUUGUAAAGAGGGGUUCAAGAGUGGUUGUCGAAGAAUAAUUGGGAUCGAUGGUUGUUGGCUUAAGGGCCCAAUGUAUGGAACUCAAUUGUUAACUGCUGUUGGAAUUGAUCCAAAUAACAAUAUCUUUCCAAUAGCAUAUGCAGUUGUAGAGAAGGAAAGAAAGGAAUCAUGGGAAUGGUUUUUGAAUUAUUUGAAGAUUGACUUAGACAUUGAUGAUACUAGUACUUGGACCUUCAUGUCGGAUAAGCAAAAAGGUUUGAUUGAAGCGUUCAAUGAGGUAUUGCCAUAUGUUAGUCAUCGAUUCUGUGUGAGACACCUCCAUAACAACUUCAAGAGGGUCGGAUUCGGUGGUGACUCACUCAAGAAUGCCCUUUGGAAGGCUGCAAGAGCUACGAGAGUAGAGUGGUUUGAUGAUUGCAUGGUUGAUAUCUUUGAUCUUGAUCCAGAAGCUGUUGAUUGGCUCAAGAACAAGCCACCUACUGAAUGGUCUAAAUCUCACUUUUCCGAAACUGUGAAAUGUGAUACCUUACUCAAUAAUAUAUGUGAAUGUUUUAAUAGCAUGAUCCUUGAGGCUAGAGAUAAGCCGAUUAUCACUCUAUUGGAGAAGUUAAGGUACUUACUUAUGUCGAGGAUGAAAGCAAAUAGGGAUAAAGGUGCCCAGUGGAAUGUUGGUGAUAUUUGCCCUAGGAUUAAGGAUGCAUUGCACAAAAAUCAAGCUAAGGCAGCUGAAUUUAUUCCUAGGAAAUCAAAUGAGUGGAAUUAUGAGAUAAUAGGGGCAAGCAUAAUGAACAAUUGGGCUGUGGAUUUACUAAAUAGAAAAUGCAGUUGUAGGAGAUGGGAUCUAACAGGAAUUCCUUGCAAACAUGCCAUUGCCGCAAUUUGGGCUAAACAUGAUGACAUUAACUCAUACGUGGAUGAUUGUUAUAAGGUAGAAACUUAUAGAAAAAUCUAUGCAUUUUCUAUUCUACCUAUGAACGGUCAAGAGAUGUGGCCUAAGUCGAAAAACAUACCUCCUUUGCCUCCACGGUUGGUAAGACAAAGUACCAAAGGAAAAAAACAAAAGCAGCGGAGAAAAGAACUAGAUGAAGUGGGAGCAAGUAGACAAAAAAUGAGAAGGAAGCAAAAUAAAUUGGACUGUAGCUUAUGCCACAAACCAGGCCAUAAUAUAAGAACCUGCAGUUUAAAUCGUGUGUAUCCAGAUUCUCAUGAUGAUGAGACAACGCAACAAGGAUCGUCAUUUCCUACUGUACCUUUUGCUCCUACAAAGCUUACGGUGAGAAGAGGACCUGCUAGCGAAGAACAUAUGAAAGCAACUCAAGAAAGUGGAGUGUCUGACAACUCAUUUUUUAGUAUGUAA